UCAGAGGGUCGAGUCUUCCUCAGACUCCUGCAUGUGUGUGCAUGAGCGUGUAUGGCGCUGAAACUUUCUUAGAGACACUCCUUCCCUCCUUCUUUCUCCUCUCCCCUCCUCCUGCACACCUUUGUGUUGUUUUCCUUCUCCCCACUCUUCUUCCUCUCCCCUCCCUCUUCAGCCUCUCUACUUCUCCCUCUGCUCUUGUCCUGUGUGCUCAGACUGUGGCGAGUGAGGCGAGCUGAAGGCGUGCAGCGUGAGAUGCUGCUGAUGCUACAGCUGUUUGGGUUCCAUGCCUCCUUCAGGGCCCGCUGAGGAAGACGACACUGCACGUGAGCUGGGGAGCUUUAAGUCAAGACUUUGAAACCUGACUGUCUCUCCUCCAAAGAAGUUCCAAAGCUUUGGAAUUAUUCAACUUUUUCAAAGAAUCAAAGAAAAAGACAAAAUGCGGACCAAGUUGUUGCAGCUCUUUGCACAGAUCUUUCUCUUAGGAGUGUUGCUGUCUGUUGUGGACUGUAAAGGAACUUUCUAUGGAGGCCCUAUCAACCCUUUAUAUGGAAACAGAUACAACCUGUACAAGGCUGGACUCAACCCGCACCAUUCACCAAACAAGCCCAUGACCCGUCACAAAAACCAUUGUGCCUACGUGGUCCAGAAGAACAUCACAUGCACCAUGCAGGAUGGAGUGUCUACCUAUGUGAAGGCUGAGUACACCACCAAGUGCAUCUGGGGUCAGAAGUGUCCAGUUGUUAUGUACAGAACGUUUUACAAGCCAACGUAUAAGAUAGGAUAUAAGACUGUGACUGAGCUGGAGUGGAGGUGCUGUCCUGGCUACUCUGGAGAAAACUGCUACGAUGGACCCACGUCUCUGCCUGAUGUCAUGAUGCCUCCUUUCAAAGGUCAGGGUUUGCCCCAUCGUCCAGGGAUGAAGGGUUUCCCCCAUGGGCCCAGACCUCCCGUGGACCAUAAACCUGGAGGAGGCCAGAUAGAGCCUGGCAGACCCGUUCCUGGCGUGCCUGACCAAAGACAGAUACCCACAGGACAGCUGCCUGCUGGGAAUGGAAAACCAAACUAUGGGAAUAAAUUUGGGAUUUCAGGGGUAACUGGAGAACGCCUGGACCGCAUGGAGGAUGACCUACGUCGCCUCACCCAGGGUUUGGACACUCUUAACGGGGUAGUUGCUGGCCUAGAGGAGCGACUCCGCACGUCCCUGCGGGAAGACACCAACAAAAUCCUUGUGUCUUUGAUACCCAGUGGUCCUCGAGUGUCUGACUCUACAGUGGGAUUUGGGGUGAUCCCAGACGGGACUCCUGAUGGACUGGAAGGAGGCGAGAGGUUCACUGGUUUUGGAGACUUAGCAGGAAGAGUUACAGAAGUGAGGGAUGAGCUGCGAGCAAAAACUCACAUCUUAGAGGAGAUUCAGGGGAUGGUUCUGGGUCACGAUGGUCAGCUGAAAAAACUGUUAGACGGAGCAAGAGGUCGGCCCAUCCCAGGCCCUGGCUCCACCCCUCAAAUAGAUGAGAUCCUUGAUGCUAAACUGGCAGAUGUACGGGCUGAGAUCUUGGAUGGUUUUGAGCGGCGUUUGACCAGUCUGGAAAACCACUGUGAUUUCAAGAUAGGGGAGGUGCAGAAGCAAUGCCACAGGGAGCACAUGGACGGCCAGGAGCAGAUGCAGCAGUCCUUGGAUGGUAGAGAGACUGGGCUGAGGGAGGAGCUGGGCACUCUGCAGGCUCAGAUCCAGGGCCUGACUCUCACUGAGAGCUGCUGUGGACAGGUGAACAGUCUGUCCCAUCGAGUUCUGCUGCUCGAGGAGUCAGUGAAAGGUCUGACAGAAUCUCAGCGACAGCUCCAGGCAGCCCUCACCGACCAGACCAUUCACAUCGAGACCCGCCUGGUGGACAUCGAGAGCCGCUUUAAUGUCACAGAUGGGGGAGGCGAUGGACUGGCUGGGCUCCCUGGUGGUCUGGAUGGCUUCAAGACCAUGCUGGAGGACAAGCUGAAGACCCUGGAGGAGAGAGUGUUUGUAGCAGUGGAGGAGCUGAGUAAUGCCACUGCCCCGGCUCUACUGGAGGGUCAGGUAGUGCCAGCGCUGGAGACAGAGAUCGAGUCUGUGAAGAGGAGAGUGGAGGGGGACCUGGGUGGCAUUCAUAAACAGUUAAUAGAUCUGGAACUUCUUUGCACUUCUUCCUGCUCACCAUCCACUCCGUCAGCAGGGGGUGUCGGCGCCCCUGAAGACGAGGAAAACUGUGAGGGCAUGGAGAAGAAGAUGACAAAUAGACUUGACUCCCAUUCAGAGCAGCUAGCUGGUCUAAACAACACCUUAAACCACCUGCUGUACCGUAUCACCCAGGAGGAAGCAGAGGGCACUGUCCAGGGAGAGAUCACCCUGCUAAAGGUCAACAUCAACUCGGUGAACCGCACUCUGAAGGGCCUCAAGGACUCCAUUAACUUCAUUGCUAGUGAAGUGGGCCACGCUAACUCUACCUGGGAGCAGAGAGAGCAUCAGCUAGUCAACCAGGUGCAUGGAAUCACCAAACUCGUGGGCCAUCAGGCCUCCCUCUUGGGCGCCGGAGAGAGACGGUUGGCCCAGUUGAAGGCGGAGCUCGGGGCCUUAAAGAGACGGCUGUCUGGGGAGCUGCAGGGCUGCAGGAGCACUGCCAUGGAAGUCCAAAAGGAGGUGAAGGGCUUCAACAGCAGGGUGAGCCAGGUGGAGGGUCAAUGCAGCAACCUGGGGGAGCUGGCCGAGCACCUGGAGAGGAUCAGGGCAGAGCUGGAGAGACACUCGGACAUCUACCUAGCUCAGGUGAACGGGACACUGGCUGCCCAUUCAGAGCAGCUAGCUGAGUUAAAAGGGGAGGUCAAAGACUGCGCAGGCAAGGAGGGAGCCAACUAAAAAGGAGACCAGUGGCGCCUAAGCUACCAUUUUUUUAUUAAAUAAAGAGACUUGUGAGUGUUUCUCAUCAGGCUUAUGUGACUUUCUCUGAAUCCCUCCUCUCUCUAUCAAAUCCCAUCUGCACAGAUGCAACUUAACUGAACCGGUAAAAGUCAUUUCCCAUUAGCUCUCUACCCCAGUGCCUCCAGAUGUCCUGGGUAUUUAGUUCAGUGAGAUGAGGACAGGAAAAAACAGAGCACAAAGACACACCUAUGGUUGUAAAUCUGGGCAAUAUUUUCCCUUGAGAUUUUAUUUUAUAGGGCAUUUUUUCCUCCGAUCCUGAUUGUUAUGUUCCAACAUGUUACCCUGUUUUAACUUAUAUGAAGUGACUGCAUUGCUACGAUAUUAGACUGUUUGUUUAGAGCAAUGAUAAGGAAACAAAGUGGAUGAUGUUGGACUAAUGCGCUGCUACGGGUUUCUACUGACAAGCACACUUGACAUCCCUUUGUGUGGACACUUGUCUGGUCUUUUUUGAAAAAAUACUGUACGUCAUCAUGGUGCUAUUUACAUUUUUGUAAACGUGUUUAAAAAUUAUAUGUAUUUCUGCUUUGACAGCUGUGUUUACUUGCUGCCGCAUUGCUCCAGGUUGCAGAGCAGUUCCCAAAGUGGCCACUGGGGGACAGUGACGACACAUUUCAUGGAAUGAUAGAAAGAAAUAAAAGUGAAUCAGUCAGAGGUGGAGGCGUCUUCGGGGCUCACAUAAAGAAGUGAUACCUUUUUUCAGUGCAAAGGUUCUGAAGAGGAAGUUUCAUAAAAUAACUGAUCUCUGAUGGGGGAAUUAGAUGCUGCAGCUUGGAUGGGUUAUUAUAAAGAUGAUUAUUAAUGUAAUCAUUUCUGGUUGGAUGGUUAGAAAUCCCAUGUGCUUUGCUUUUUCAUUCACGGACGAUAAAAACUCUAUGGCCUUAAUCCAUUUAUUGUGUGUCAACAAUACACACAAUGAAUGUGAGAACAAAAGAACGCUGUUCUCUGCCAGACUAAAGCAUUUGGCAUGAUUAAUAGGAAUUAAUAACCAAAACAAACAAACUUUGCUUGAAAUAAAGAAAGAAAUUUGACCUCCAGCAUCGUAUAAAAUAGCUUUAAAUGCACUUCAGCCUUAAUUAUCACUACUGUCUUUUGUUAUGUCUAUUUUGUAACGUUAUUGGUCCUGUGUCAAGUAUGAGUACUCCAAAUAUGUUAUUUGUGACCAUGAACUGUAUAUAAAUACUUUUAAGACAGCAUGGUUGGGCAACAGCUAUCAAAACAGUGUUUUCUCAGUCCCAUGAAAACCAGUUGAACAUGUUCAAAUCAGGUUUUAAUCAGUCUUUAUUCAUCCAUCCAUCCAUUUUCUAUAUUGCUUAUCCCGUUCAGGGUCCAGGGGGGCUGGCCCCUAUCCCAUGUUGUUUUUUUGUUCAUUGUGAGGUAAAUUUUCCAAAUCUAUCAGCUACAGUAUGGAUCAUUUAAAGCACCAUAACAGAGAUUUGAGCCAGAAAACUGACUUUGUCUCUUCUAAGGUCAACAAAAGUUCAAGAGACAGUAUAACAGCGUGAGUGCUUUCCUCAAUUCAGAUUGUAGCAUUUUUUUUAUUUGAGAGGAUCAUAUUUCUCCUGAGUGGGU